AUCGGAUCUUGUACCAUCUUUUCCUAUCGUUCUUUUUGGUAUCUUACGACUACAUCACUACUUAUAUCUCUUUCUUAUCCCGAUCGAUCCUCUCGACGCUGCCUCUGUACAUAAACCCUUGCCAUCUCACCAUCACUGUCAAUUUUUUUCUCCCCUCGACAGCACUCCGAGUGCAUAUUUUCCUAGGUUUUCCAUCUCGUCAAGACCACCCACAUCCGUACGUCGGAAGUUGACCGGCACGGACAAUCGUGACAUUCUUUCUUGCCUCACUCGAUAUUUGACGCCCAACGCUUUUCAAAACUCAUCUCUUUUGGGGAUAUUUUAGAUUGACAACUCCCCCCGUCACACCAUUUCAGGUCCCCAAGGAGCACACUCAAUCAAAACAAUGGGUUCCCUCGCCACCCCUCCACCUUCCCGACUCUUUGAGCCACUCAAGGUCGGGACCAUGACGCUCAAGAAUCGACUCGUCAUGGCACCGUUGACUCGGUUUCGAGCCGACGACGACCACGUUCCUCUGCCGUUCGUCGAGACUUACUACUCCCAGCGCGCUUCGGUCCCGGGGACCCUUUUGAUCAGCGAGGCCACCUUCAUCUCCCGACGGGCCGGUGGUUACCCAAACGUCCCCGGGAUCUGGGAUCCGGCCCAAAUCGAGGCUUGGAAGAGGGUCACCAAGGCUGUCCACGCCCGAGGCUCGUACAUAUACCUGCAACUCUGGGCUUUGGGGAGGUGCGCGAAUCCUCAGUGCGCCGAAUCCGAAGGGAUCACCAUCGUUUCGUCUUCCCCCAACGCCUUGGAUUCGGAACACGCCGUUCCCCAUGAGCUCACCCCGGAAGAGAUCAAAGGGUGGGUUCGGGACUACGCCACGGCCGCCCGCAACGCCGUCCACGAGGCCGGGUUCGACGGGGUCGAGAUCCACGCCGCCAACGGGUACCUGGUGGACCAAUUCCUGCAGGACGUCAGCAACUCCCGCACCGACGAGUACGGCGGGAGCGUCGAGAACCGAUCCCGCUUCGGUCUGGAGGUCGCCCGCGCCGUCGUCGACGCCGUGGGGGCCGACCGGGUCGGCAUCCGCCUCAGCCCUUGGUCGAGUUUCCAGGGCAUGAAGAUGGACGACCCGGUCCCCCAAUUCACCCACGUCGUCGAGCACCUGAAGUCCCUGAACCUGGCCUACCUCCACCUCGUCGAGUCGAGGGUGUCGGGCAACGCGGACCUCGAGUCGACCGACAAGCUGGACUUCCUCAUCGACGCCUGGGGCAACACGAGCCCCGUCCUCCUCGCCGGCGGCUACAGGCCCGACUCCGCCAGGCGCGCCGUCGACGAAGAGUACAAGGACAAGGACGUCGCCAUCGUCUUUGGUCGAUACUUCAUCUCCACCCCGGACUUGCCCUUCCGCAUCCAAAAGGGCAUAGACCUCAACCCUUACGACCGAGCCUUGUUCUACAAUCCAAAAUCCGAGAGGGGCUACAUCGACUAUCCAUUCAGUGCCGAAUUCGAACAGGAAGUCAAGGCAUAGAUAUACAAAACCAUUGGGUUGAAAAUAUGAAAGAAGGCUGAACACAUAUCCAUAGAAUUGUAGACUAGCGAUUGUUUCCUGCUAUACAAGAAUAAGAAUAGUAGAACCAGGUAUUCCCCCCAAAGUGUUUCAUGCUUGGAGCGACUGGUCUACAUCGUCACUGAUUUCUGGGUUGGCGAUAUAUGAUCUGCUGCGCCAACAAGGAGUCCUUUCUCAAAGGCUAGAUCACGAUCCUCGACAUCGCUAGUGUCCCAU